AGUAGGGUGUUAAGCCACAGCACCCCCUCCCCUCUCUCCCCUUCCCCCUCUCCCUUUCCCCCCACUCUUUGCUGUGUCAUCGUUCGGCAGCCGAGGCACGCAAGCGAGAAGACACCGUAAAAGCAGUCUUCCGUUCCCUCCCCAGCACCGAACACCCAACACCAGCAAAGGAAGGAUACCCGGUACAUUGGUCACUGCAAGACACAUCGUUGCGCUUCUUUUUUUUACAUUCUAUUUUCCUUCGUGUGAUGCGGUAGAGGCCUCACUGCACUGUUGCGCACUUCGCCGUAUAUGUUAGAAUCCCUUCCUUUUUUUUUGCGUUUAUCCUUCAAGCUUAUUUUUGCGCCGGUCUACACAUGGCUGCUCCGAACCCCGUGGCGCCCGCGGUGGCCAGUGCCUCGGCGGAGGUGCCGCCCAAGAGACGAGGAUCGCCGCUGCCAGACGACAAGUUCGUGAAGGUGGGCCGCUGCGCCAGUACGGGUCGAGAGAUCAGCAUCUGCUACCGCACCGUUGGCAAUCCCAAGGACCCGUGCCUGUUGCUGGUGAUGGGUCUGGGCGGCUGCGGACUGCAAUGGGGAGAACCGCUGGUGCAGCGCUUCGUGAGUGCCGGCUUCUACGUGGUGUGCUACGACAAUCGCGAUGUGGGGCUGUCGACACACCUGGAUGGAUGCCCGACGGUGUUCAUCGCUCGCAUGGUUCUGCCGUCCUGGGCCUCGCUUGGCGAGGGUCAGCCGCCCUACACGCUAUACGACAUGGCCGAGGACGGCAUGAACCUGCUGACAGCGCUUGGGAUUGAGAAGGCGCACAUCCUCGGCGAGUCGAUGGGAGGGAUGAUUGUGCAGUGCAUGGCGCUGCGCCACCCCGAGCGGGUGAAGAGUCUGACGAUCGUGUACUCGCACAGCGGCGGUCCGAAGGUGAAGCCGCAGACGUUUAAGAUGUCUUUGGCCAUGCUGCGCGAACCGGCCAGCAACUCGCUAGAGGAUCAAGUCAACUUUAAGGUGCAGAUGACGCGACUCUUCACGGGUGACUACGAGUUGGACGAGGAAAUGACACGAAAGAUGGGCCUCACCACCCUCAGCCGCUGCCCGGAAGACGGCGAUGGUGUGCUGCGGCAGAUUUGGGCAGUUCAACGUGCAAAGAGCCGCGUCAAAGGACUCCGUAAUCUCCGCGGCAUUCCGACUCUUAUUGUGCACGGCAUGGCGGAUACGAUGGUGCCGUUUGAGAACGGGCUGCAGCUGGCUCGGCUGGUGGAUGGGUCGAAGCUCGUCUCCUUUGCGCGCAUGGGCCACUCCCUUCCGAAAGAUCUGUACGAUGAUAUCGUCGCGGAGGUGGUGCUGCAGAGGGAGCGUGGCGAGGCGAUGCACGCGCCUGCGUCCGCUGCGCCAAGCGAAGCAUCGACCUUCAGCGCACAGGAGAAGCGCCACUGA